UUUCAAGCUAGAUACUUUGGUGACUAGAACUAAAGUCAUUCAUUUUUAUUCAAAUAAUCUUUUCAAGUUUAACUGUUUGUGAAGGUUUAUGAACUACUCUGUAUAUCGCGGAAGAAAAACGGACAAGUUUGGGUUGAGAAAGUUAUCUCCGUUCGGGUUCUUACUUGAGCGGCCUGCUGAACUGUAAAUAAGUCGUCGAACUAUACAUGGAUUGAAAGCACAUCCUAAUGGGGAACAUAUACUAUACCCACUUGGCUGCAAGGUUGCUGUGGUGCAUUGGGAUUCACGGAAACAGGAUUUCCUUGAGGGACACACAAAUGUCAUUACGGCUCUAUCUAUCUCUAUGGAUGGCAAAUAUGUUGCCUCAGGUCAAAUCAAUCACAUGGGUUUCAAGGCAUUUGUCAUUAUUUGGGAUUUUGAUACGAGGACUGCUCUUAUGAAACAUGAUAUUCACAAAGUGAGAGUUGAAGCACUUGAUUUUUCUUUUGAUUCUACAUAUCUUUUCUCCUUGGGUGGAAGAGAUGAUGGUAAUGUAGUGGUGACCCACAUACCAUCCCUGGAACCCAUGUGUGGUUAUCCUGCAACUCGAGCUACAGCUGGUGAUGCUCUUACUCUAAAGCAUAGCAACCUCAGAUCUUCAGUUUUCAUGUCUGCUGGGGAGGGAAGUUUACGAGUUUGGCAAGUAAAUCCUGAAAAGAGGUUUGUGAGAGCUGUUGAUGUUCAAGUCAGUAAAAUAAAAAGAAAUGUAUACUGUGUGACUAUUGACACUCAAGAUGAAUUUGCAUAUUGUGGGACAUUGACUGGAGAUAUUCUUAAAGUGGCCCUUUAUUUUCCUGAGGACACUAAUAAAACAGAGCCUGUUCGAACACCUAACAUGACAGUUUGUCUUGGGAAAAUUCCAAAGUCAAAGAAAAGAAACGCAGAGGCUGAACGGUAUAGUUUAGGAGUGCGAGACAUAAUUAUUCUUGAUGGAUUGAAUGGGGUCCGUAAUCUUGUUGUUGGUGCUGGCAACGGCGUUGUGGAGCUGGUUAAAGAAAAUGAAAACAAUUUCAAAGGGUUAAAAUCCCCCUCAUACCCCCUAUUGAGUGUUCUUAAAAGCACUUCUGUGGACUCGGCUGUGACUUCAUUGCAAAGGUUCAGAGACCAAGAAAUUAUGGUUGGAAAUGACUUGUGUGAAAUUUAUCUUAUAAAUAUUUGCACUUUCAAUGUUCGUCUGAUUGUUACUUGCCACACUUCAUGCAUUUAUGAUAUUGCUUUCCCAAAAAACUAUGCUGAAGUUUUUGCUACUGCAAGUAAGGAUGAUAUCCGGGUGUGGCAUACAGAGACAUGCAGAGAGCUACUGCGAAUUAGUGUCCCCAAUUUUACAUGUUCAACUGUUAAAUUUUCAGCUGAUGGAAAAUCAAUCAUUAGUGGAUGGAAUGAUGGAUGCAUCCGGUCUUUCACUCCUCAAUCUGGGAAGUUAAUGUAUACUAUCCCAAAUGCUCACAACAAAGGAGUGACUGCCUUGGAUCUCACAAGUGAUGGCUCUACAAUUGUUUCUGGUGGUGGAGAGGGUCAAGUUCGUAUUUGGAAAAUAAGUUCUAGUCUCCAUAAACUCUCUGCUAUUUUAAAGGAUCAUAAAGGUCCUGUGUCAGAUAUACAUGUCAGCUCUAAUAAUCAACAAGCAGUCAGUGCAAGCACUGAUGGAUCAUGUAUAAUUUGGGACAUAGUGCGCCUCGUGAGACUUCAAAUCCUCUUUGCAAAUUCUCUCUUCAUGGCGUGCCGAUUUAAUCCAGAUGGUUGUCAAGUUUUAACGGCUGGCACUGACCGGAAGAUUCAAUACUGGGAAUGCUAUGAUGGUUCGCUGAUUAGAGAUCUUGAGGGGUCUACUGCUGCUGCUCUCAAUACACUUGACAUCAGUUUAGAUGGGAGUUUCUUUGUUACAGGAAGCAAUGACUUUUUGGUCAAGGUUUGGAACUAUAAUGAAGGCUACACCACACACAUUGGUAUAGGGCAUGCCGGCAUUAUCACAACGGUUCGCCUCAGUCCUGACAGCAAGUACUUAAUCAGUGUUAGUGAUGAUGGCGCGAUAUUCACAUGGAAGUGUCCAUUCCAGUCAACUGUGGUAGAACCUGGCCCAGACACCAGUAUUGUCUGUGCUGUUGGCUCUGAGAAACUUGAUGUAGCCCAACCUAUCAGCAGUGCAACCAAAGACAGAAUCAGGAUUAGAAAGUCUACCUCAGGUGCUUUAGGGUUUGGUUCUGGAGACUGUGCCAAAGAGGAAAACAUUGUUUCCUUGUCCAGAACUCAAUCAGCUUGCAGUUACCGAAGUACCAUUGAUGUUUGCGAUAAACCACCUGAAAUUGAAAAUGAACCAAGUGAAGUGAUGAAACCCAGCAGUGUCAGGUCCAAUGAGGUUUAUACUAGGGGCAGCAGUGCAAUGAGAAAUGCCAUAGACAACAAGUCUUCGGGGAUAAUCUGCCAGUCCAAUCAGCCAGCUGUGCCUCCAAAUAGUAAACUAAUGCAGUCAGCAGGGAAAAUAUCAUCAGAUCCAUGUGUGCCGAAGAGUUCGCUGACGAGAUUCCCCACAGCCGUCAAAUCGGAGACCUGCAAAGGUCAAACUAUGAAGAAACCGAACCAUCGACAUUAAAAACAAAUUUUUGGUCUUCUCUCAAA